CAGAUAUUACACGUGACAAGAUGGCUACUAAAGAAGAGUCUACUUCAUUUCGCCAAUUUAUUUACUGUUCUCUAUGUAAAUUCAGCCAUAAACGUGGAAAGAAACAUAUAUAUUCAAAGCGUCAUCAACUUAUACUAAAUACUAUAACAAAAAAGUUUUCUUCAAAGAUACAACAAGUUAAAAGAAAUUUAUUUAAUCCAACUGUACAAGAUAUGAUGUUUGAAACUGAUGCCAAGUUCUGGUGCUACUUCUGCGAGGAACAGUUUGCUAAACAUGAAAUUGUAGAGAAUUGUACAGUUGUCGGGGCAGGAUUGUUAGAACAUAUUUCAAGUAAAGAUCAUAAAGCAGGCAUGGAGCAGUUUUUCUGGGACAAUUUGAUGAAGAAAGAGUUAAAGCCGUUGUUUGUUUUGUCAGCUGAAGAUUUAUACAUAUUUAAGAAAGCAGCAUUUCUAGCUGUUAAAAAGAGGCAGAAGUUGCAAGAGUUAGCUAGAAAAAAGGUGGCAGAGAAAAUAUCAUUGCAAGGGAUGAAUAGAUUGUCAGACUCAGCAAUUAAAGCAACCAGUCUAGAAGAUUUACCAGGAAAUGCACUCAGUAGAACCAAUCAGACAGGAAGUGGAAUCAGUCAGACAGGAAGUGGAACAAGUCUUGCAAGAAGGGACGGAAUUAGUGCCCAACAGGAAGCUAGGUACCACUCACAAAAUACUGUGUCUGGUAGGAAGAUGACUUAUUCAGCAAAAGCAGAGGGUCUGGCAUAUAUUAAACCUGCUACCCAGUAUGGAAAUGAAGAGGGCAAUGUACACUCUGGAGGUUUACCACCAUGGUUACAGUCAGAUGAUGACAGUAGUAAGAGCAGUGUUAUUGGCCCAACAAUAAAAGACAUACAGAAACAUCUGGAGCAAGAGAAGAAGGCCAAGCUUCCUGCUAACAGAGUUGGAGCUAGUUUUGAUCAUACAACCACUAGGUCACAUGACUGGCUACCUUCAUUUGGAAGAGUUUGGAGUAAAGGGAGAAGACUUCAGUCAAAACAACACUUUGAGAGAGAAAUGAAAAAAGGCCAGAGAAAUGAGAAGAGGAAACAAACCCGUACAAGUACAGUGUCUAGUUACUCUGAAAGUUGUUCGGGUACUUCUACAACAAGUUGUAAUUCAGGAAAUCAGUCAGUGUCUAGUUUACCAUCACACAGCAGUAAUUAUCAUCAUACUGACAGUGUUGUACAAACAGCUCGAGGUGAGCACGUCAACUUUACAUCACCUGUUGUUUGCAACCCAUAUAAAAGAAAGAGGGAUAUUUCAAAAGAUCAGCCAACCAAUCAGAGACAGGCUUACUCAGGGUUACCUGUAGCCAAUCAAAGUGUUCCUUACAAACGACAAAGAGAUCAGAGUUAUAAUAAGACAGUUGACCAAAUGAAACUUUUACACACUCCAAUAUUAGCUGAUGACCGACAAUAAAUAUAUACAUUCACUAAUUUG